CGCGGUUGCUAAGCAACCCCUCGGGCGGAGCGGCCUAGCAGCAGUCCUGAGGCGCUGCGUAGACCUGGAGCUGGGGCAGGGACAAGGCAAGACCGGGCGCUGCUCAGCCCUCUCUCUCGCCCGAGGCAAGAAAGACCCUUCCUGCGACGCGAGCCAGAAGAGGUGCCUACGCUGGAUCACAAUUUGAGCAUAUAAGAUUAAUUUUCUAAGAUCACUUAACAUGUCUGAUGAAGACAGUUUCAGCACCUUAGCCUACAGUAAGAGUCCAAAGUUCUCCAAAAGAACCACUUUUCAGGAAGAGUUACAAGAAGCACUUUCUGCUCGUGCAGCAAGACAACAAACAGCUGAAUAUUCUGAAGACUUUGAAAGUGAUGAUGAAGGUUCAGAGAAGUUUUCUGAAACUUUGGAAAAUACCUCAAAGAAAUCUGUCGCUUUUGCAACACCAUUAUCCAAGAAGAAUCAUUACAGUGGGAGCAGUUUGAGAAGUGAAAGUGAAGAUGACCUGUCUUUCUCAGAUGUUGAUGAGAGACCUCACUAUGUGUCCGAGCUGGAGAGAGAGAUUUUGAGGGAAGAGAGGGAAGGUGUCCCUUUUUCACUAAUAGAAUAUUCUAGAUCAUAUGAAGAGAAUGUAGAAAAAACAUCCAUUCCAUUUGACAGACAUCUGCAAGAUUGCCAUUCUUUUGAAAAGGACACUGCUGAUGGCUUCGCUCUGGGAGAGGAUGAGGAGAGAACUUGGGAAACAUCCGGAUUGGAAAAUGAACAUCUGAGUGAAGAGACGCAGGACUUUGUUUCUGAAGAAGGGUCAGGUUUUGAAUUAGAGGGUGAACAACAGGAUGGAGAACGUAUGUUUGAGCUGCAGUUAGAGAGGGAUAAUAUGAUUAAACAGAAACAUGAAAUCAAGCCUGUGCCAAAGCCAAGGGAAUUCAAGAACAAAUCAGCAUCAGUAUCAGCUGAGAAUAUCAGCAUUCCUACAUUCCAUGAGUAUUCAAAGCCGUCUCCUCAACCCAGGAGUGUUUUGAGGAAAAGUAGUCAUGUGGAAGAGUAUGAAGGAAGCAAGGCAGAAGAUAGAACAUCUCACAACCACAGAUUCUUUUCUUUGUCUGCACCAUCUUCUGAAACAAGGUUAAAUGAUCAAGUGGUAAAAUCCGAAAGAAGAGCACUUGCUGAAAGUCCUAGUCCUGAGGUUAGAAAUGGAUUUAAAGCUAUCCAGUAUGAACAAAGGGGCCCCUGGAUUUCAAGCUCCUCAUCCCCAUUUCCUAUUCAUUUUCCUUCGAUGGAUGAGAGAACUGGUGAUUCCAACUUUAAAAUAUUUGGGGAAGAACUUUCAUCAAAAGAUGAUGAAGAAAAAGGAACUGGCAACAGCAGUGAUCAGAAAUUACUGGAGAGUGACAGAAAAUCACCUUCUGUGUUAGAACUAAUGAUGACGACAGCCUAUGAGAAAACUAAGAAAUUGCAGAAGUCAGUUGAAGAUGAUUUUGAGCAAAAGCUGGAGACAUUAGAACAUAGUGCCAUUAAGGACAGAUCAAGAGAGAUCACAAAGGAUGAUAAAUAUGAACAGAAGAUAGACCUAAGUACUUUAAAAGCUGCACUGGAAUUGUCAGAGGAUUCAGUAAAGGAGAGGAAUGAAUUUAAAGAGCGAGUUUCACAAAAAGUAAAAUCUCGAGUAAGCAGGUCUUUGAGCUCUGCACAUUUGAAGAAAACUGGGAAACCCCCUCAUAUCCCAACAAGUACAUCUUCUCAGUACUUGGGAACUUUAAAGUUCUUGGACAACAAACAUUUACGAAAAUAUAGUGCUGAACUUGAUAAAGCUGACAGCUUGAGAGCAGCAGUGUAUCAGGACUGGUUAGAAAAGAAGAGAGUAUUCCUAGUGGAACUGCAAAGAAUUAAAAGAAACAAAGCUGAGAAUCUGCGGGAGAAAAAUGAAAAGAAGGAAGCAGCUAAGAAGGAAGAAGCGCUUGCAUCCUUUGAAGCCUGGAAGGCUAUGAAGGAAAGAGAAGCAAAAAAAUUGGCUGAGAAAAAAAGGUUGGAAGAGGCAAAGAAACAGAAAGAAGCAGAACUAAAUGAGAAGAAAAAAGAAGAGGCACAAAAGGCAGCUUUUGAGAAAUGGAAAGAAAAGAAAGCAGAAUAUUCAAAACAACAAUUAAAAAAGGAGAGAAGAAUUGAAAGGUUGAAAAAGAAAAAAGAAGAGGAGAUUGUUGCAGAGAAGAAGAAAGACAGCAGGUCUGCUGUUGAAAAGUGGAAUGAGAAAAAAGAAGAAUAUCUAAAGCAAAAGAAAAAGGAAAAAACACAAGAAAGGAAAAAAGAAGUAGAUCAAGAAGUUGAGAUGCAAGAAAAAGAUAAAAAAGCCAUAGAAGCAUAUGAAAAAUGGUUGGAAGAGCCGCUUCAGCCAAGCCAUGUCAGCGCAGCCCAGAACCAGCAAAGCAUAACAGCAGCUCAAGGAAAGAAAGAGGUGAAGGAAAUGAUGCAGAGAAAUCAGAAGAAGCUCCAGGUUAUCCUUGAAGAUGAAACCCCACCUCCAUGGAGCCCACCUGGUAAAGCUGUGCCCUCAAGAAGCUAUUGAGAUGCCAGUGCCAUGCGGGAGAUCCCGCUGUUUGGCCAUCACCUUAUCAUCACUGUUCCGUAACAUCUGAUUUUAACAUGAAUUGAAAUUGGCUCUCGUAUCCUUUCUCUGUAGGUGGUGAUUUGCUUCCCUGGUAUAAAAACUCUGAAAUGUUCUAAACAUGUAGUACUCAGUAGGUAGCACACAAUUUCCCAGGGUUUGUUUUCCCCCAUCCAUUUUGACAAAGCCAUGGACACACAGAAAGUGCCAAGUUCAGCAGUUAGUACAAGCUAUAGCAAAACCACUGCUGAUGAAAGAAUAGCUAGAAUACUGAAAGGAGAGAAAAGUACAAUUUUCAAUUAGAGGGAAGCAGGAUAAAUAGCUGUGAUGUGACCUCAAACCUUUGCCACAUUACCAAAUCCUCUUUUUAUUAUGGUAUGAUCUUCAAUGAGAUCAAAUUCUAUUCAAACAGGUCAGGGCAUUGUAUUUGGGCACUUUCAAAACACCAGAAUAUAAUGUCUGUUUUAUAUUCCUUCCUGGAAAAGUAAUUAAAGGUUUAUCUACACUGUAGAAAAGGUCUUGUAGGCGUUGUGAUCCUGACACACAUGACAUUCUUGAUGACUCACUUACAAUGUGAAUUCUUUGGGCUUAGUUUUUUU